UGCACUUCUCAUCUAUUCCUUGAGCAGAAGUACUUUUCUUACAGUGUAGUACUCUUCAUUUCAAGGAGAUGGCUUACUCCAAGACUUCUCUUUUUUUUCUUGGACUUGUAUUUGCUAUCAUGCUUGUCAUAUCCUCCCAGGUUUCAGCUAGAGAACUAGAGGAGAAUGUGCAAAUGGACGGUGUGGAGGAGGCCAAAUAUCACAGGCACGGGCACGGGCACGGGCACGGGCACGGACACGGCCAGGGCCAGGGCCACGGGCACGGGCACGGGCACGGGCACGGACACGGACACGGGCACGGACACGGACACCCCGGACAUGGUGCUGAUGAAACUGAAUCCAACGAGAAUUAGAUAACUUCUGUGCCCAGUGGUACUUGUACGCGUGUACCGCGAAAACUAAUUAAUAAAGUAUGCAUGAGGGACAAAAAUAAGAGGUUUGAACCCCUAACCUCCUUUUGGAAAGUAAA